AUGGAGCAAAGAGGCCAAGAAGGAAACUACCCCACACCAAGUCCUUCAUUGACUCCAGAAUCCUCCAAGUUCCUGCCACCCUCAUCCAGCACCCCCGCCAGCCUCUACCCCCAGAAAGCCCCUAAUCCUAAUGAGCCACAUCUCAGCCAGAAGAGUGGGCUGUUGUCCUGCUGGGCUAAACCCUUUGACCCCUCAGCGGUACAGAGGCUCCUGAGCUGGGGGCUGCCAGUCUCCUGUAGCCGAUUCCUGUGGCGCCAGCCAGGCGAGUUUCCUGUCACCGCUUUCCUGCUAGGGGCAGGCACUGGGGGGCUCCUUGCCAUAGGGCUCUUUCAGCUCCUGGUGAACCCCAUGAACAUCUAUGAGGAUCAGAAAAUGAUGACGCUCUACAGCUUGGCAGGCUUGGGGGCCAUGGGCUGGGGCACCUCCCCUCACAUUCGCUGCGCCAGCCUCCUGAUAGUACCCAAGAUGUUGGGCAAAGAGGGCAGGCUCUUUGUGCUGGGAUACGCCUUGGCUGCCAUCUAUGAAGGGCCAGUGGCUAAUCUGCGUUACAACCUCAACGAGGUGAUAGCAUCGCUGGGCUGUACUGUGGAGCUGCAGAUCAACAACACCCGAGCGGCCUGGCGUACCUCCACAGCCCCCCUGCGGGCAGUGUUCAAGGACCUGCUGGGCAGCAAAGACUCAUUGAAAGCUGAGACUCUCAACAUCUCCAACUCCUUUGAGGACCUGGAUGCCCAGGUGAAGAGUGAGGCUGGCUUCAAGCUGGAGGAUGCCACAGAUUCAGAGGAGACAGUCUGGGAUGUAGAGACCCGCCAGGCCCCAGCCUCCAGACAACCCCUCUCCACGCAGAAGAUGUUUGAGCUGAAAACCAAGCUGCGUUGCUCCUAUGUGGUGAGCAAGGCUGUACUCAGCUGCCAACGCUGGUUUGACCGAAAGCACGAACAGUGCAUGCAACGCAUCUGGGUCCCACUCUUCAACCACCUGCUCUGCCUACCCAUGAAGUUCAAGUUUCUCUGUAGCAUCACCAAAGUGAUGGAAGUCUGGUGUCGUAAUCGCAUCCCAGUGGAAGGCAACUUUGGACAGACCUACGACUCACUCAACCAGUCUGUUCAUAGCCUGACUGGGGAAUUUUCAGCCAAUAUUAACCUAAAGGAGGAGAAGCAGGCUGGAGUGCUGGGCCUCAACUCAAGCUGGGAGCACAUGAGCACUGAGGUGCGGAACUACGUGCGCAGCCAGGAGGCCCGGCUGGAGUGGACCCUGGGACUGCUGCAGGUGCUGCUGUCCUGCACUUUCCUGCUGGUCUUACACACGUCCUUCUCCUACGUGGACAGCUAUAACCAGGACAUUCGCUUUGACAACAUCUACAUCAGCACCUACUUCUGUCAGAUUGAUGAACGCAGGAAGAAGCUAGUGGGUAGACACAGUCCUGCCUCAGGGCACCCUGCCAUGUGGCCUGUGUGGCCUUCCCGCUCCAGGAGGGCAGAGGGGAGAGGGCAGAGGGCUGUUGGGGUUCCUCACUGUGUGCACAUUAUUUCCCCCCAGGGCAAACGGACUCUGCUGCCGCUCCGCAAAGCCGAGGAGAAAUUCGUCAUCUUUCCCUGCAAGCCCACAAUUCAGGCCUCAGAAAUGAAAAAUGCGGUUAGGGAGCUCCUGGAGUCGGUGCCGGUUCUGCUGCUGCUGCUGGUGCUGUGUGGGCUGGACUGGGCUCUCUACUCCAUCUUCGACACCAUCCGCCAUCACUCCUUCCUGCAGUACUCCUUCCGCAGCAGUCAUAAACUGGAGGUGAAAGUGGAAGGAGACUCCAUGCUCGCCCGGCUUCUCCGGAAAACCAUUGGGGCCCUGAACACCUCCUCAGAGACAGUGGUGGAAUCAAACAACAUGCCUUGCCUGCCCCAGCCUGAGAGCAUGGAUGCCCAAGCCUACCUCCAGGCUGCACUACCAAUUGGCCUGCUAGUGUGUCUCUGCCUGCUCCAGGCUUUUGGCUACCGGCUCCGGAGGGUCAUCGCAGCCUUCUACUUUCCCAAGCGAGAGAAGAAGCGGAUCUUGUUCUUCUACAAUGAGCUACUGAGGAAGAGAGCAGCCUUCACCAAACUGAGGAGGGCCGCCAUUAUGAGGCGGGCCCAACAGCAGAGGGCUCCACGCCACCACCUGGUUGACAUCCUGCACCGCCGCUGUCCCCUCCUGCGCCGCUGGCUGCGCCGGCGCUGCGUGGUGUGCCUGACACCCGAGACGCCCGAGUCCUACGUGUGCCCGACGCCGGGCUGCGAGGCCGUGUACUGCAGGUCGUGCUGGGUGGACAUGCGGCAGCAGUGCCCGGUCUGCACACCCCGCGAGGAGCUCUCCUCCUCCGCCUUCAGCGACAGUAACGACGACGCUACCUAUGCGGAAUGAAGGGGCAUUCCGCCUACUCUCCCAGCCCACUCCUUCCUGUUUAAUAAAACGCUUUGAACACU